ACUAGUGUCUGAGGGACGGAUCCGGGAGCAGCGGCAGGAGGAGGCGGCGCUGCGGGGGAUAGUUGUCACAUAGUGUCAUCCAUCCCAUUUUGCAGUCUGAGGAGGGCAAGGUCUGAGCCAGCAUGGAGACAGAAUCUCCUCUUAAAGGAAAAACUUUCUGCCCAACACAAUUUACUUCAAGAAGUGCACAAUGACAGAACGUGGAAUUAAAUGGGCUUGUGAGUAUUGUACAUAUGAAAAUUGGCCAUCUGCAAUUAAGUGUACCAUGUGCCGUGCUCAGAGGCCUAGUGGAACAAUUAUUACAGAAGAUCCAUUCAAAAGUGGUUCAAGUGAAGUCGGUAGAGAUUGGGAUCCUACAAGCAUCGAAGGAGGAAGCAGCCCUUUGAUAUGUCCAGAUUCUAGUGCAAGACCAAGGGUUAAAUCUUCUUACAGUAUGGAAAGUGCAAAUAAAUGGUCCUGCCACAUGUGCACGUACUUGAACUGGCCAAGAGCGAUAAGAUGUACUCAGUGCUUGUCCCAACGUAGGACCAGGAGCCCCACAGAAUCUCCUCAGUCUUCAGGAUCGGGUUCAAGAUCAGUCCCCUUUUCUGUUGAUCCUUGUGAAGAGUACAAUGAUAGAAAUAAACUGAACGUGAGAGUACAGCACUGGACUUGUUCUGUAUGUACAUAUGAAAACUGGGCUAAGGCCAAGAAAUGUGUGGUAUGUGAUCAUCCCAGACCUAACAACAUUGAAGCAAUAGAACUGGCAGACACAGAAGAUGCUUCUUCAAUCAUAAAUGAGCAAGACAGAGCUCGAUGGAGAGGAAGCUGCAGUAGCGGUAAUAGCCAAAGAAGAUCUCCUCCUACAACCAAACGAGAAUCAGAAGUGAAAAUGGACUUCCAAAGAAUUGAAUUGGCUGGAGCUGUUGGCAGCAAGGAGGAACUUGAAGUUGACUUCAAAAAACUAAAGCAAAUAAAAAAUAGAAUGAAAAAGACUGAUUGGCUAUUUCUAAAUGCUUGUGUGGGAGUUGUAGAAGGUGAUUUAGCUGCUGUUGAAGCAUAUAAGUCAUCAGGAGGAGACAUUGCACGCCAACUUACAGCAGAUGAAGUACGCCUGCUAAAUCGCCCUUCUGCUUUUGAUGUGGGAUACACACUUGUACAUCUGGCCAUACGUUUUCAAAGGCAGAAUAUGCUAGCAAUUUUGCUUACAGAGGUAUCACAACAUGCGGCAAAGUGCAUUCCAGCAAUGGUGUGUCCAGAGCUUACAGAACAAAUCCGGCGUGAAAUUGCUGCGUCUCUUCAUCAACGAAAGGGAGAUUUUGCUUGCUAUUUUUUAACUGACCUCGUAACAUUUACAUUACCUGCAGAUAUUGAAGACUUACCACAAACAGUCCAAGAGAAGUUAUUUGAUGAAGUACUUGAUAGGGAUGUUCAGAAAGAACUAGAAGAGGAAUCUCCCAUUAUAAACUGGUCUUUGGAAUUGGGUACGCGUUUGGAUAGUAGACUAUAUGCACUUUGGAAUCGGACUGCAGGGGACUGCCUGCUUGAUUCAGUACUACAAGCUACCUGGGGCAUUUAUGACAAGGAUUCGGUGCUACGGAAAGCUCUUCAUGACAGUUUACAUGACUGUUCACAUUGGUUUUACACCCGUUGGAAAGAAUGGGAGUCAUGGUACUCCCAAAGCUUUGGUUUACAUUUCUCACUGCGAGAGGAACAGUGGCAGGAAGAUUGGGCGUUUAUACUCUCCCUUGCUAGUCAGCCUGGAGCAAGUUUGGAGCAGACACAUAUUUUUGUACUUGCACAUAUUCUUAGAAGACCAAUUAUAGUUUAUGGAGUAAAGUAUUAUAAGAGUUUCCGGGGAGAAACGUUAGGAUAUACCCGUUUUCAAGGUGUAUAUUUACCUUUGUUAUGGGAACAGAGUUUUUGUUGGAAAAGUCCUAUUGCUCUGGGCUAUACAAGGGGCCACUUCUCUGCUCUGGUUGCCAUGGAGAAUGAUGGUUAUGGCAAUCGAGGUGCUGGUGCUAAUUUGAACACUGAUGAUGAUGUUACCAUUACUUUUUUACCAUUGGUUGACAGCGAGAGGAAAUUACUGCAUAUUCACUUCCUUUCUGCUCAAGAGAUAGGUAAUGAGGAGCAGCAAGAAAAGCUGCUCAGAGAAUGGCUAGACUGCUGUGUGACAGAGGGUGGAGUCCUUGUUGCUAUGCAGAAAAGCUCUCGUCGCCGCAAUCAUCCCCUGGUCACACAAAUGGUAGAGAAGUGGCUUGACCGUUACCGACAGAUUCGCCCUUGUACAUCCCUUUCUGAUGGUGAGGAAGAUGAAGACGAUGAUGAUGAAUGAUGAAAUAAAAAUAAAGUAUCAAUGCAUAGUGUCUGAUGACCCCAAAGUUAGAGUCGUGCUCUAGCAGUUUGUUAUGGAUUGACUUAAAUCUAGCAGAAGCAUGCUGAAAGGAUUUUACUUACCAGCAUGGGGAGAGUAUAGAGGUUCAUCUGCUGUGUGAAGAGAGCUAAAUUGGUUGGACUACAGUUUGUAAAAACAAAAACAAAAAACUAAUUUUAUUAUCAAGACAAAACAUUUGUUUCUUUCCAGUUGCAAAUCUGUCUAUAAAUGUAUCGCAUGUGGUUGUGUAAGAAGUUGUGUAAUAGGAAAAAAGUAUACCAGCAUCUUAAUUAUUGAGAAGAAAUUUCUUUCAAAUAAGGGCACUUACAAAAGCACAUGUUAGAUGGAUAUUUGUUCCUUUUGAGAUUUACUUUUACAGUAGAACUUGUAUUCUACAUCACUCUUCAAAUAUUCUGACACAUUUUCUUGAAAGGCCAUUUUGUGAGAUCUCACUAGUGCCCAGGUCAGAUGGUGAGGCUUAUUUUUUUGUUUGCACAAACUAUCCAGAGCAAGUCAGAAGUACAAAGUUCAUUAUUUUAUUAAUAUUUUAGUUACUGUUGUGCCCAUUAUAAUAAAAUCAAAUCUUUAAGGAACAAACUGUGGAAGAAGAGCUACAUUUUUCAUUGAGUGAACUUAUAUUUUGUUUUCUGAAAAAGUCCUUUCUGCUCUCCAUUAAUAUUUCACCUUGUAACAUUUAAUACUUUCUUCAGUAUGCUUGAAAUAUUUAUUUAGAAAAGUGACCUAAAAUGUUAUGCCAGAGAUUACAUACUAAACAAUUGCGUGGAGUUGCCAACUCAAGUGUGAUUUGAGAAUUUCAUAUUGUCCAAACCGAGUCUUGCUGUGAUAUGUACAGUGUAUCAUUUUAUCAUUGAGUCUUUCGCCCUAGUUAAACAUUGCAAGUGAAAACUACCUUUUACUAGGGGCACUCCUUGAUCAUUAGUGAGAACUCUUGGCAAUUUAGAAUGAAGGUUGGUUUUUUUUUAAUUAAAAGUGGCUUUUUAAAAAAAGCACUGUAUAAUAUAUUUCUCUAUGUAAACCUGGGAAUUUCUUGCAUGUUGACUUUUGUGGCCAUACUUAAUAUGUAAGGUUCAUAAAAGUCUAAGUCCAGAGUAUAUUCAUCAGUAGAAAUUUUAUUAUAUGUGAUAACUUCAGCCAUGCAAUUCGUAAUGGCUAAAGUUUAUCUUAAAACAACCUUGCUUAGAAACACUGAAGGUUAAUGCCAGUUUUUUACAUAUACAAUGCAAUUCAGAUCUUCUUUAAUAAGCACUUUGAAAACUAUUGAUAGUGUGUGUGCGCGUGGCUGGUGGAUAGGGAACUUUGCAGUAGAUGACCUAGAAUUUCAAAAGACCCAUAAAGUGCAUAUUUUUGUGUAGUUUAAGGCUAUGGAAACACUAAAGAACUUGCUGCUUUUUCUUCCAAAUGCUGCUUUAGAUGGUAUUGAAAUGUGCACAACUCCUAGAUAAUCUUGGUGACAAAACACCAAAAAUAUAGAACUAAUGAAGUGCUGUAUUAAGUUAGCAAUUUUUUCCCUCUCAGAUUCCAUUGACAUUUAUUAUGAAAUGUGUCUUCACACUUUUGGCCAUUUAGGUCUCCUUCGAUUGGUGCAUGCAUAGAUUUUCAGGUAAAAGAAUGCAUGUUUCUUUGCAGUAUAUGUAUGAAUUACCUGAGUGAAAAUAGAAGAAUCACAGAUAGUGAACAGGUUCUACCUUAACAUACAAUCUUGAUUUCAGUUUGUUUUCUAAAUGCAGUAGUGGGGUAGAUUGAUACCUUGUCCUCAUUCUUCAACGAUGAUGAUGUUACCUUACAGUGAAAUCCAUGUGUACCAUGACCAAUGAGUAACUUAAGUUAAGAGCUCAUGCAUUCAUUUCAGUAUGCUAUAUGAAUGGUGUUGACAAACAGCAGAUAACACUUUGCUUCAUUGACAUAUCUUCCCCCAGAUGACACACAGUUACUGCAAGUCAUAAGAAGAUUCAAAUACCUUCCUUGUGAAAUAAUUUUUAACUUUUAUUCAUUAUUCUGCCAUUCUCCAACCAAAUUGUUGCAAAAGCAAGCCUUAUCUUGCCUCCAACAAUAUGGGUGGACUGUAACCAAAUUUGAGUUCUUUUGAAGAAAUGAACAUCCUUUCAUUUUUAAAGAGAUUUAAUGUCAGUUUACUAUACAGGCAAUUACAGCUUUUAAUUUUAAAAAGCAAACCAAACCCCACACUAAUAUCUAUGCCCCACUUUUGUUACAAAUUGACACCCCUCAUACUUUUUGUAGAGUUUUAUUAACCAUUACUGCUUUCUUCUAAUCUAUAAAAUGACAGGUUCAGGCUAACAAGCCUCACUGUGUUUUCAAAAUUGAGACUUUUUAAACAAAAAUCCCUAGUUAAAUGAGUUGGGGUUUAUCUGUUGACAGUGCACCUCACCCACUACAGUAGAUGAAGGUGUAAGCAAUUGUCCUUUUCCCAGCACGGUAGCCAGUGUACAUUAAAUCUCCCCCUUUGGCAUACUUGGAGGUUUAUGAACAUAUAUGUGCAGUUGGUGUGUAAGUCCUAUAUUGACCCAGUCUAUAUUAAAUUUACCACUUGGCUUUUUACUGUUGAAUGCUUACAUAGCCCAGUACUUGGUUUUUCAUUUCAAACUCUUGCCCCCCUCUGCAUCUGGGAAUUGUCUUGGACUAUUCAUGAAUUCCUUACUAGAAUUUAAUUCCUGGGUCACUUUUGUUAAACCAGGGCAUGCUGAAAUCGUCCAGAAUGCUGCUACAGCAUAGCUUUUAACCAGCAUUAUUAGAAUGUUUCAUAUUCCCUUAGCAAAGUAGUAUUGCUGUUCAUUUUGAAGAAUGCAGAAUUCUUGUUGUGUUGCUUAAUUAACUGCUUAAGGAGAAGUAACUUCUGUGAGCUUUACUGUAUGAAGUGGUGACAGUUUUUUUUAAAAAAAUGCCAGUUUUAUCAGCAGUCACAUUUUUGUUACUUGUAUGAACUGCUUCAUGUUAUCCUUGAUUGAUGGAAGCGCCCCCAGCCUUCCUUGUAUUAGUACAAAAGCAGCAGUAAAUUGGUUUGUCAGUAAAGCAAAAGGCACAAAACUUGAGCAGCAGCUAUCUGGCAUACAUUUCUCUCCCCUCCCCUUGUAUACUAACUUUUCAGUCUGAAAAAACUUGAGGCAUACUACAGUCACCUUGCUUUGGACCCAGUAAUAUGUCAAGUCAGGCUGGAUUCACAUUCUCCCCAACUCCAUAUGACCACCUCCUUGCAUAUUUUGUUGGUGUUUGUACUACAGACAGUUGAAUCCCUCUGUACUGGUCACAACCCCAGAAGUACAGUGUUGUUUUUAAACUGAAGCCUGUUACUAUGAUACUUUGUAACACUUGGAUUUUUUAAAUUCAUUUUUAGUUCUUGUUGAACUGUAAAACUUAAUUGGAAGCUAUUGUCUAAGUUUGGUAUGAUUUGCAUCUAGUCUUAUUUUUAUAAGUACUGGAUGAAAGUCUACAGCAUCUGCCAUUCUCUGAAAGGUUUGUGCCAGGACUCUUAUCUUCCUGAUUCAAAAUCCACUGCUGGCAAUGGAUGCACUAGGAACCACUGGCACAAAUUAUUCUGUUUCCUAGAACAGUAUUUACACCCAUCUGAAAUGCAACUGCUUAUUUUAAAAAACGACAGUACCAACAAGUUAUUUUUAAAAUAGUCACUUUAAAUCUUGACAACAUGAAUUAAAUGUUUUAUCUUCA